AUGAGGCUUUUGAGGUCGCCGUGGGCGACCUUCGCUCUGGGAGCUGCUGCCGGCUCGUACGGCGAUGGCCAUACGGGUCUGGCCUCACUACAGCUUGCAGCAGCAGAGGAGCAAGAGCCGCAUCAUCAUCAGCAGGAGCAGCAGCAGCAGCAGCAGCAGCAGCAGCAGCAGCAGCAGCAGCAGCAGCAGCAGCAGCAGCACCAGGAGAAACAGCAUCACGAGCAGCACCUGAAACCACCUGAAAAGUCACCUGAUGCAGACUCAGCUCCUGCUGAUGCCACCGGUGCAUCUCGCCCUCCUGAGUCGCUGCACGGUGCUAGCAGCCAGGAACCUGCUGGUGGGGGGGAGACACGUGGCAGUGGUGGAUUGGAUGGCCAGGAUCUUGCCAGCCUGGCAGCGGCUGAUGAUGACAUCAUCGUGGAGCAGAACAUUCAAAUGUUUGGUCUGCCCGGCCAGCUGGCAGUGCACCGGGCGUUUGUGGUGGUGGUGGGGCUGGGGGGGGUGGGCAGCCAUGCUGCUGCCGCUCUGCUGAGAUGUGGCGUUGGCAGGCUGAGACUCGUCGAUUUUGACCAGGUGUCACUAUCCUCCCUCAAUCGCCAUGCAGUUGCCACGCGGGCAGAUGUAGGAAUUCCCAAGGCACAGUGCAUGAGGGAGCAUUUCCUUCGCAUUCUGCCCGAAGCGCAAGUGGAGGGAAUGACAGCCAUGUACACGGAGGAGAACGAGGAGAAAGUUUUGUUCGGGCAGCCCGACUACGUUGUGGACUGCAUCGACAACAUCGACACAAAGGUCGCGCUGCUCUCAGCCUGUGUGCGCCGUGGUCUGCCGGUCAUCAGCGCCAUGGGGGCAGGCGCUCGGGCCGACCCCACUCGCAUCCGCAUCGCUGAUAUCAGCGAUUCGUCCAUCGACCCUCUCUCCCGUGCGGUGCGGCAGCGGUUGCGCAAGGCGCUGGGGGCAGCAGCAGCGGUGGAGGCGGUGUUCUCUCUGGACCGUCCCAAGGCCAAGCUGCUGCCUGUGGGGGAUGGGGAUGGCUCCCUGCAGCCUGCUGAUUUACAGGUGGUCCCAGGGUUUCGUGUAAGAGUCAUCCCCGUCCUGGGAACCAUCCCUGCCAUGUUUGGCCUGGCGCUGGCGACACGUGUCGUCACCUCAUUGGCCGGAAUGGACGUGGGGUUUGAGCCGGUGCUAAGGCUGAGUGCAGACCAUUACUCGCUGCUACACCAGCGACUGGUGGAGAGAGAGGAGAUGCGUUUUGGAUCGGCUAGUGAAGUUGAGGUGGACAUGGAUGACGUCAUGUUUGUGGUGAGGGAGGUGUGGCGCGGCCGCAGCGCGUGGCAGCAUCUCCGGGAGAAGGAAGCUGCCAAGAAGCUUCUUCACAGCCAGUCGGACGGGAGUGGGGCCGAUGAGGAGGUGGGAGAGGAGGUGGGGGAGGAGGAGGCAUGGAUAUUGGGCGAGCAAUUUGGCGGUCCAUGGGACACAUGA